CAGGAACAGCGGUACCGGUGGUGGUGGUGGUGUUGGUGGCGGCGGCCUAUCGCGAUGUCACACCGAUCAUCCGCGUUGAAAGACCAGUUUACUGCACAUUUAUGUCUCAGUUCAGCAAAUUGUCUUUUUUGUUGUGAGAAUGCGUCCAGGAGCGCGUCCCCCUCCCCUCGAUGCUGUGCGGUCCUCCCUGUGCCUGUGUCUCAUGGUUUUCCUCCUCUCCGCUGAGGCUGCUGUGUCUGCAGGCGGUGUUUAUGAUGAAUUAAAUAAGCAGGGUUCACUGAGGAGCAUCCUGGAGCAUGUACAGAGUUAUGAGAUUACUUAUCCCACAUGGCUGCAUCCUCACAGACACAGGAGGUCUGUCCACAAAGAGCAUCCCGCAGAGACACAGGUCCUAAUCUCAGUUGAAGGCCAGGAGCUCAGGCUACACCUGGAGAAAAACGAGCAGCUGUUGGCCCCUGGAUAUCAAGAAAUAUGGUACACUCCUGAUGGAGCCCGCAGGUCCUCCUCUCCUGCCAACACUGGACACUGUUUCUACCAUGGGGAGGUUCAGGGCAUUGAAGGUUCUAGUGUUGCUGUUAGCACAUGCUCAGGGCUCAGGGGACUGAUUUCUCUGAACACAAGCGUCAGCUACCUGAUAGAGCCUCUUCCUGUUUCCACGGAUGCUCAGCAGCACGCUGUGUUCAGAGCCGAGAGCCUCCGUCUACCCCGAGGUACCUGCCUGCAUCACCAUGGCAACAAGGGGCACGAGGAGCCGCUUAAUGGCUUCAUCCGUGGAAUCACGUCACCAAGGAGCGCGAGGGAGAAAAGGGACCUGAAUCAGAACACGCAGUAUGUAGAGCUGCUGAUAGUGGCAGACAAGGCUGAGUUUGAGAAGCAUGGGAGUAGUCUCCAGAUGACCAAACAGAAACUACUGGAGGCAGCUAACUUGGUUGACAAGUACUACAAGACUUUGAACAUCCGUGUGGCCUUAAUCGGUCUGGAGGUGUGGACCAGCCAGGACAUGAUCACUGUGUCAGACAACCCACACGGCACUCUGGCAGCUUUCCUGUCCUGGAGACGCAGACAGCUCCACGUGCUCCCCAACGACAACGCUCAGCUCAUCACGGGGAGGUCGUUCCAGGGUACCACCAUUGGGCUGGCACCUCUCAAAGCCAUGUGCUCAGACUACCAGUCUGGUGGAGUGAACACGGACCACUCUGAAUUACCUGUUGGUGUUGCCGCCACCAUGGCGCACGAAAUGGGUCACAACUUCGGCAUGAACCAUGACAGUACAGGCUGCUGUCAGGCGAGACCAGAAGAUGGGGGUUGCAUCAUGGCUGCUGCUACUGGACACCCAUUUCCAAGUGUGUUUAACGGUUGUAACGAGAAAGAGCUGAAGAGCUACCUGAGCUCUGGAGGAGGGAAGUGUCUCUUCAACUUGCCCAACACCAAAGUCAUGUAUGGAGGGCAGCGCUGCGGCAAUGGUUACCUGGAGGACGGAGAAGAAUGUGACUGUGGAGAGGAAGCGGAGUGCACCAGCCCCUGCUGUAAUGCCAACAACUGCACCCUAAAAGCUGGAGCUGAGUGUGCCCAUGGCAUCUGCUGUGAUAACUGCAAGUUGAAGAGUCCAGGCAAGCUGUGCCGCGCUCCCUUGGGGCCGUGUGACCUGCCAGAGUACUGCGACGGGAAAACGGAGUCUUGUCCGGCUAAUUUUUAUUUGGUGGAUGGUACAUCAUGCGCAGGCGGGCAGGCCUACUGUUACACCGGCAUGUGUCUGACCCUGGAGCAGCAGUGUCUGUCACUGUGGGGACGAGACGGACGUCCAGCCCCUGACCUGUGCUUUACGAAGGUAAACGAAGCCGGGGACAUGUAUGGGAACUGUGGCAAAGAUGAGCUUGGGAAAUACAGGAGCUGUAAGGACAGGGAUGCUAAAUGUGGAAAAAUCCAGUGUUUAACUUCGGCCCCCAAGCCCAUUGAGAACAACGCUGUCCGCAUAGAAACCACAGUCACUGUGGGCAACAAGAGGGUCCAGUGUAUGGGAACACAUGUGUACAAGCCUGGGCAGGAGGAGAAGGAGACACAGGGCGACACUCUGGACCCGGGCCUGGUCAUGACGGGCACCAAGUGUGCCGAUGACUCGAUUUGCUUUAAUGGACAAUGCCGCAAUGCAUCUUUCCUCAGAGCUGAUGAGUGCAAUGCCAAGUGCCACGGACACGGGCUGUGUAACAACAACCAUAACUGCCACUGUGACCCAGGCUGGGCUCCUCCACUGUGUGACCAGAAGGGGUCAGGUGGGAGUGUGGACAGUGGACCUGUCAUCAACCACAGCAUUCUCCCUCAAGUCCUACUUGCCAUCUGUCUGGUUUUUUCUGUGGUGGUUUUGGUUGCUGUCGGACUGUGGUGCCGCUGCAAGCAUAAACUCCGCCCAGUGAAAAAUUCAGGUCCACCUCCAGUGCCAAAUUGUUCAGUCCCGGUUGAGGGCAAGCCUAAGUGUACUGACGGUCAUGUGAACGGUCACACCAACCCAACAUUUAGGAAACAGCAGCUAGAUCACCUGGGGAAGUCCUCUCCUCAGCCAAGCCCGUCUUGCUCAACGCGGUCCCGAAAUGCUGUUGUGCGUCCAGCGGUGAAGCCUCCUCCUAUACCUGCAUAUGCUGCUGAGAAAAAAGGGCCGGCACCUCAGCCUCAGAUCCAGCCUAUAGCUUCUCCUCAGAGGCAAUACCCUUCUCAGGCUCUCACCCCCCCUCAUAAAUCGCAGCUGACCAAUCAGAGACAAAACCAGCUUCCUCUGCCACCUUCAGGACCUCCACCUUUACCAUCCCAGGGUCCUAAAAGCCUCUCAAAGCCUUCAGCAGUACCUAAAACCCGACCAGACCCUCCUAACAGACCUCCACCCCCUUGUCCUGUCAACAAACCAUCAGUGGAACAUCAAGUCAAUGGCCAGCAGGUUACCAAUAGUGCCCUGCAAAGAUGAAAAGCAGCUUUGGCUCCAUCUGUUGGACAGAAAAAGCCAGACUGAACUUAAACUAAGAUCUCAGGGAGACGGUGGGGACCACCACUUACCUGCAGUAAGGGACUGCCUCAAACUGUCUUUUUAGCAACUCGCCAAGAGGGGUGGGGUGAAUACUUGGCACACUUUGUAUGUGGAUUGCAGUAUAUUUAUACUGAGCUGCAUUGAGGGAAAAUGGUAGAAUUACAACAAGCUGUAGAACGUAUCAGAGUGAUGUUUUAAGUCUAAGAUUUAGGCUUAAUUACUGUUUUGUAAAUUAGCCUUACAUAUCUGCUGUAUCUACUUGACACAGCCAGAGCUGUGAAGUUUUUUUUGUUUUGUUUUGUUUUGUUUUGUGUGUGUGUGUGUGUGUGUGUGUGAUUAUUGUCCCACGUCUUCGUGGAAAUGUGAAAGUGAUCCAUGCGUGUCAGCACUGUAUUUACUCACAAAGCAAAGAAAAAUGAAACAUGUUUACAGUGUAGCUUAAAUACAGUGUAGUAUCCACUAAACAUGGUGUCUCUUAAAAGAGCAUCAGCUGUAAGGGGAUAUCUUAUAUUAAGAAAAGAUGCCAAUAGUGAAGUGCUAACGCUUCUUAUGUGUGGAAAAAUAAUGAGGUUUUAACUGGACUAAUGGGGACCAGUGAAAGCCCGACGUGCACGCUGUAAGUAUAUGCUUAUGCUGAGAGAUACAUGUCUGAUAUGUAGCAGGAAAUGUUGUUUUUUUUACAAUUUUUUUGUUUUAGUGAUUUUUAUAUUGUUGUGAUGUUGCACUUUCAGCAGUCUUUUUAGUAUCAAAUACUCAGCCCCUCCAGAAAGUAUCAACUAAUAAUAUCCACCUUUCAAGCCUACAGGAGGUGAGUAUUUGUCACCAGAAAGAUUUUGGGUGAAGUAUCACUUUAAGGUGAUCAUUCAAACCCUAAUUGACUUUAAUUUUCUUGCUCCUGUCACUGAGAAUCAGUGAUGAAGUUGUCUUUGUCCAAGGUAACAUUUCAGAGAAUUUCGUAUUAUGACAAAAAAAAAAAGAGCCAUACUUUUAUGUAGAUGUAUCAAAUGAACUUCCAAUUUAAGCUUCCUCUUAAAAAUUGCACCAUGAAAUUGAAUGAUUUUGUGUGUUUGUCCAAAGAUGUAACUAAAACUGUUUUCCCUCUUGACCAAAAUACUAUGUAACUCUGGCAUUAUUUUAAGGUACUGUUAAAAACAGUGGUUCAUUUGACCAUUUUGGGGAUGAACCCAUUUUAAUUGUAAUAUUGAAAUACAGUGUGUCAGCUGCCAUGCUUUACCUUCUUAUCAGACCUAUGCAAAUUCAGGCACUGAGCGAAACCGUGUCUUCAACUGGAAUGCACGUAAAC